AUGGAACACUAUCUCCAGACCGACGCCGAGGAGAUUCGCCUGUCCAAUUCUCCUCGAAGAUCGCCCCAGGUUACCCACGCCUUGACGAGUCCAAUCACAAGCGUUCACCCUUUAAUGCAACAGAUGGACUCGAUGCAUGGUCAAAUGGACCUGGGACUGCGAAACACCGACUACUUCGACGACGAGACAUCUGAUGAAGGCUCGCCGAGAGCGCCGACGAACUACGAAGGGGUGAUGAACGACGGCUUGCUCGAAGGGAGAAGCAUCUCCCGCAAAAAGCGAUUUUCAGACCUUACGAAUGAGCCUGUUGCUUCGCAGUGUGAGGGAAAGGGUGCACUGCGACCAAGUAGCGAUGGAUAUCAGCGAUUGACACCUACUAUCCCGCUGGAAGACAAUCGCUUCACAGCGCGGACACCAAGCAGCUCUUUGAUCGGGUCGGUGGAUGAGCUUCUUCCUGGCCCGAGGAGUAGUCCACCAAGCAUGCCUCAGCGCCCUCACCAGGUCAGCAACAGAGGAUUCAGAACAUCUGAACGCAUAGAGCCAACUCCAGAUCGAGCCUCAAGGCUGGAUCCCACUCUCAGUGCUUACGCCAUUGCACACGACAUCACGCUGCAGGCUCUGAUGCGAGACGAAUUCGCACUUGACAAGCAGUCUUUCCCACUCGCACCUCUUCAGAUCCGGGAUCGUUCGUCCUUACCGCCUGCCUCUCUUCGCUUGGACAGUGAUCCUCGAAGUCCGCGAGAUCGUCACAUCUCUUCGCCACCCGAGACGAAAAAAGUUCACCUGAUUCCGCCGCCAAUAGACACAUCCGCGCCUCGACGAUCUCUUCCUGCAAACUUGGUCCGCACUCCUUUUCCAUUCAGCCCAGAACAUGCACAUCCUCGAUCGACCGGGCUUGAUGCCGUUCACGGCUCCGUCAGUGCAACACUCUCCAAUCCAGAAAGCACACUCACUCUCAGCAUCCGCCAAAGCAACAAGAACAGCCGACGCAGGGUGACGACCCUCACCAUCCCCGCAACGAAUGAUUUCCGGGCCUUACGAUCUAACAGCACAAAGGAACAGCACUUCAGAGCUCUGGAAUUCGACGACGCCGCACUCUUCAAAAGCCUGCGGAAAUCUUACCUUCAGCUCGCCGGAGCAUGGGCCGUCUUCUCUGCACGCUCCCUUCGUCGGAUCAUCGUGGAGGGGAACGCAAUGAAAGAGAUUGACCGCAACUACUGGAUCCAUCGACCUCAAAGCCCACGUCUGCGCGCCUCGAAAGAUCUCCUGGAUACCUUUGGUGAGGAGCGCAUUAUGCAGUACUACCGCAAGGCAUCCCUCGGGAGAUCAAGAUAUGCUUUUGUGCAAUGGGCGCAUCGACUCGCUGCUGCGCCCCCCGCAACUCGCUCCAACUCCCAACCAAAGGAAGAUGAAGCCUUGGCGGAAGUCGAACAAGAGCAUUCCGAAGGCUUGGAAUUCGUGGUGUCGUGGUCUGUCACUCGCAUCUCGCUUGCGCUUCUCCUGGUCAUCAUUGUCAGCGUGGCCGCGGCACUGUUGUGGAUCUUCCUCGGCCGCAAUAGUACUCCUGCCGGGUCUGUGGGUCAUGGUGGUUUCCGGGAUGCGGGGGACCGGGUGACUGCUGGUGUGGUGAUGGGCAUCUGCUUGCUGUUGCUUGGGCUGAGUGGGAUUGGUGGGUGGUUGGGGGUGAGUUGGCUCGUCAUGUAA